GACAAAACCGUAAUUUCUCCCUUAGCGCAAAGAUGUUAACUUUGUUUCAACUCUUCAAAGGGUGAACAUAUCGAUGAAUGUCCCGGGGAUUAACCUAGACGCAUAAAAAAAUUGAAGAAAUGAGUUGUAGGUGUAUGAAGUCUGGACUACAAUUGUACAACAACUUGCUUUGACAGCUGAGCUCUUCUGGAAAUGCCACAGUGCCCCCUCUGAUGUGAGGAUGAGGACCUACACCCGAGGGGCCCCCACAGUGUUCUUCAUAGCUCUACUGUGGCCCCUGGUUGCCUCUGUGGUUGGGGUGGCAGAGGAGAAGGAUCCCAGUGGGGGGAUACCAUUCUUGGGGGGGAACUACGACGGACACCCCAUGCUGUACUUCGGCCAGGGCGAGGUAGAGGAACUCCAGGUGGCGGCGGCUGGCACUCAUCGAGAGAUGGCUGCAAGGAUCCGUGCGGCAGGGGAGGCUAUGCUGGAGCACCCCGAGGAGUACCUACCUCCAUGGAGCCCGGCCGAGUUCAGCGCCCGCUGGAACGAGGUGUAUGGAAACAACCUCGGCGUGUUGUCUAUGUUCUGUCUGCUCUACCCGCACAGGGCUGGUGCCCUGGACCUGGCCAAGGAUUACAUGGAGAGGAUGGCAGCUCAGCCUAGUUGGUUGGUUAAAGAUGCUCCCUGGGACGAGGUUCCUCUAGCACACUCUCUGGUAGGCUUUGCCACAGCGUAUGACUUCCUGUAUGAGUACCUGAGCAAGGUGCAACAGGAGCACUUCCUGCAGGUGAUUGGCAAUGCUACCCGCUACAUGUACGAGAAGUCGUACAUCCGUGGAUGGGGCUUCCAGUACCUGCACAACCACCAGCCGACCAACUGUGUGGCCCUCCUCACCGGCAGCCUGGUGUACAUGAAACAGGGUUACCUACAGGAGGCCUACUUGUGGACUAAGCAGGUUUUGGCGAUCAUGGAGAAGUCCAUGGUGCUCCUUCAGGACGUGAGAGACGGUUCGCUGUAUGAGGGCGUGGCCUACGGGACCUACACCACCCGCUCUCUGUUCCAGUACAUGUUUCUGGUGCAGAGACACUUCUCCAUCAGUCACUUUGACCACCCCUGGCUCCAUCAGCACUUUGCCUUCAUGUACAGGACCCUACUGCCAGGGUUCCAGAGGACUGUAGCCAUAGCAGAUUCCAACUACAACUGGUUCUACGGGCCUGAGAGCCAGCUGGUGUUCCUGGACCGAUACGUGAUGAGGAACGGAAGUGGAAACUGGCUGGCUGAGCUAAUCCAUCAGAACCGGGUCUUGGAGGGUCCGGGACGAGCUGGGAAGGGACAGAGGUGGUGCACGCUGCACACAGAGUUUCUCUGGUAUGACCCCAGCCUGACUCCCACGGCUCCUGCAGACUUUGGCACGUCCCAACUCCACUACUUCGAUGACUGGGGGGUUGUCACGUAUGGCAGUGCUUUACCCGCAGACACCAACCAUACAUUCCUGUCCUUCAAGUCGGGGAAGCUGGGCGGACGGGCUAUAUUUGACAUUGUGCACAGGAACAAGUACAAAGACUGGAUCAAAGGGUGGCGGAACUUUAAUGCUGGCCAUGAGCACCCUGACCAGAACACUUUCACCUUCGCCCCUAAUGGUGUGCCAUUCAUCACAGAGGCUCUGUAUGGACCCAAAUACACCUUCCUGAACAACGCAGUGCUGUUCUCCCCAGCCAACUCGGGGAGCUGCUUUAAGCCUUGGGCCGGCCAGGUCACGGAGGCCUGCGACUCAAAGUGGCUCAAAUACAAGGCGGGGCUGGCAGCUGACGCCCAGGGCAGUGUGCAGGCGACUCUGGAGAGGCAGGGCGUGGUGUUUAUCCGUGGGGAGGGACGAUUCGCUUACAACCCUGACCUGAAGAUUAAGAGCUUCCAGAGGAACCUGCUGCUCCUCCACCCCCAGCUGCUGGUAUUGGUGGAUCACAUCCACCUGGAGAUGGACAGCCCGACUAGAGCCAUGAGUGCCUUCUUCCACAACACGGACCUGCCCUUUCAGCACACCAAAAUAGACGGUGUGCACGGAGCCUUUGUCAGACACGGGGAAGACCCGUAUAAAAUGUUCUGGAUGGACGACACAGGGUUCAGUGAGAAAGGGGUUUUAGGGUACUGGAACUAUCCACGUGGUUACCCAUAUAACGGCUGUAAUUAUGUCAACGUGACGAUGCCACUCAGGUACCCCCACACCAGGGUGGCCUACAUCUUUUUUGGGCCCGGGGUGGACGUACAAAGCUUUAGCCUGCGGGGUGAUGCUCAGAGGGUGGACAUUUACCUGGCCACCAGUGAGCACACCUACACCAUCUACCUGCUGACCGGUGAGGUGACCACCAAGCCUCUGUUUGCUAUGGUGCUGGUGGACCAGAAGAAGAUUGUGUUUGAGAAGGGAGUCGGAGUGCAGAACGACACGUCUGAGGAGGUGGAGGAGUACGCCAACAUAGUGGAGGACAACCUUCAGCACGCCAAGCCGGUCUUCCAGCAGCUGGAGAGACUCAUCCUAGGCCGGGUGCUGAAUACGGCCAACUUCCGAAAGAUGGCCGAGCGCCUUCUCCAGUUCUCGGACAAGAAGAAGACAGAGGAGGCCAUAGAGAAGAUCUUUGCCAUGACCAAGAAACAGGGCAAGGGGAAGGGGGGCAAGAAAGCUUUGGGGAAUUUGGUGGAGAAGCUCUCUGAGAGCCUGCCAGACAUCUUUGCGCAGAUUGAGGUGAGUGAGAAGAAGGAGAGAUCGAAGAGCACAAAGAGGAUUAUAGAAGAAGGCCCCGAAGAAGGUGAUGGGGAGUCCAGGGCCUUUAUGGAUUAUGGAGACUCAAAGAAAGGCAGGAAGGGUGGUUUUGUAAAAGGUCGCAAGUUUAAGGAGGUCCACAUGUCUGCGACGGCCAAAAGUGACAGUCUGGCGAGCGCAGCCUCUUAUAUCAGACUGUUCCUCAUCCUAAACAUUACCACCUUCUUCCUGCUUCUAGCAGUGUUACUGACACGAUUCCAGAGAGGCAGAAGUCUGCACACACAGAGGUGUUUCUAUGGCAUCCUUCUCAUCGACAGCUUCAUCUUACUCUGGCUCUACUCCUCUUGUUCUCAUGCACAAUGUUGACAUCAUCACUGUUCGACGACAGGGAAAGUAAAUGUACGUAUAAACCUAUUGAACUCUUGUAGUUCACCAUGAGUGAAUAAAAUGGACCAUACAUCUCAGUCUGAGCCAAGUCUAACUGAUGGGUGUUCAGGAAAGAAUUGAUUCCAAAUAGGAAUUGAUAGAUUUAAUAACAAGGUUAAGCUAGAACACCUCUAAGAUCCUAAGCUUCUGUGGAGCUUUAGAAUCGAGUCUGUGUGAACUUUGUACUGUACAGGUUUUAGCCUAGACCCCCUUCCAAAUAUCAAAGAUCUCUAUGUCUGUCCACUAAAAUGUAGAUAUUUUUGCCUUUCUCUGUUUACUUUUUGAUAAUAGAAUCUGAAAACCUUUAUGCCAGUGUCGUUAACAUGUGUCCUUUGUCUGGAUUAAUUUUAUUUUUUUUAUUGUUUUUUUGAGAAAUGCUUAUUCUUUAUUGGACCAGAAAGGGGGGAAAGAUAGAGGAGAUUGUUUUUGUUAAAUUAAUAGUGGGACAGAUUUGAGAUCAUGCUGUAGCAGUACAUAGAGGAAGCAGCAUCCUGAGCUGAUAUUUACCAUUUAGGGUAAAAAGUGUAUAAGUAUACAGUUACAGGACCUUUUUACCAACAGAAAUGUGGCACAAUCAGGACAAAAUAUGCACGUUAAUAUCAGGUAUAAACAGGGCUAAAGGCAUAAGGAAUAUAUUAAGUAUGUACAUGUGUUCGAACUAGGUGUAUUUUUGUGGCAUCAUUUUCUAGAAUUUGUUAUGAAAAAUGAACAAUAUACAUUCAUGUGCAAUGUUAUUGACAAUGUAUUUGCUUUUGCUGAUAAAACAGUAGAACUAUGUUACCUCAGGCAAGAGGUGGUGAUCCUCUGUGUUUUAACUGCAGCAUGAUAACUUUACAUUCAACCAAAUUUUUACCAUGGCUGCAUAACAGAUCAUUGCUACCCCAAUUGUGAUAUUUUUCCAUAAAACUUUAGUUUUCAUCAAGAAAUUCCAAUUUGAUGUGUGCAGUUUUGAAACUGCAUUUUUUUUUUUUUACUUUUUAGAGAUGUACUUUUUAAACUGUAUUUCUCCAGUAUUGUUGGGGAAGGCCAUUCACUUAUGCUAGCAUUUAUUCAAUUUACUUUUCCAUCACAAAACUCACCUAAUAUACUGUAAUUUACAUACUUGCUGCUCCUGAUUGCAUGCUGUGGCAUUAUUGGGAGACGUAAAAUUACUGCCAAUGUUUAUUGAUGUUACUUUUUUCAAAUGGAUCCUUUGAGGACCUUUGUGCUAUUUUGUUGGGAUAUACGUUUAACUGGGUUAGGAGGAAACCCCUACUCCAAUCAGUUGAUCAUAAGGGAAGGGAUAACUAAAUGCUAGGAAAGGGCUAGAUUUUGGUCGGCACUGGUAGAGGAUAUUUUGGGGAAAUAUAUGAAUAGCGCUGUACCUGUACUUUUGUAAUGACAUAUCCAUCCUCAAAUUAGUGUGUUUAUAAUUAAGUUGUCCUCCGAUCAUGAGAUUUGGAAGGUAAUGCAGCUAUCGAUAUGUACUAACUUCUUCUCAGUCAUAUAGACAACAUGACUCUUCUCAUGCCUAGACACAUGACGCCUCAGCCUGCAGGAGAGAAGAGCUACCACAUGCAAAAGUUGUGUCACUGGUUGAAUUCAGUUUAAUUACAGCGGGGAGAACAAGUAUUUGAUACACUGCCGAUUUUGCAGGUUUUCCCACUUACAAAGCAUGUAGAAGUCUCU